AUGCCGCCCAAACGUGCUACGCGCCGGGCUGGCGCGACUCCCCAACGACCACAUCAACAACCCGAAUUUGAGUCCAUACUGGACCUUGUGCAAGGGCCUGAUUUGCCUAGCGUUCCAGUCCAGGCAUCGUUUAACUAUGGCGCUGCUACUACCACAGCAUUACCUCAGCGAAUGUCGAUACGGCCCAAUAUUGGAAUCGAUCAGAUGGCUGGAGUAGUCGAUGCCCGUCUUGAGGUUGCUCGGAAGCGGACAGCCGCUACAAAAAAGAAGCAAGGCUCCCAAGCACGUCAGUCAAAGCGUGAGCCAACCCCUGACGAAGUUCAGCUUCAGCAGUCCCUGCACAUUGCGGCAGAUGAACGCUCCGAUAAAACUCCUUCGCCUCCUGUUCCACAUUCGGUCUCCACAGACUCUAGCCCGGACGCUCGACCCCCAUUGCAACGUCCGUUAUCGAACUCACCACUAUAUCCCUCGCCGCUUCAACGGGCGGGAUCUCACAUUCAUAGUCCGCUGGGUAGCAGCUCGCCAUUCCGCCACAGCUCCGUUGACAAUGCAUCUGAGGCGUCUUGGAAUCUGGAACGUGAUAUCAACGAAGAUGACUUGCAAAGAACGCGACCAAGCAAACAUGGACGCAACAUCACAGCGCCCCCUCGACGAAUUUCUGGCUUGGCUAAUGUCCCCGAGGAGGUAGAAGAAGAGGAAGAAGAUGUCAAGUUUGAAUCGGCAAUAUACCAUGAUUUAGAGCCGGAUGUCCCCAAGGAAAGUUUCUUGCGUCGAUGGCUAGGAGCAGUGCGGCCCCAAGGUCAGGAGACCCAAAGUCAUAAUGAACCCCCCAGCGAGGUACGCCGAAAAAGCUGGAUGCAGGCAUUCGAAGCGGUGAUGAAGGGCCCCUAUCAUAAUUGGAUUCGGUGCGCCUUCUGUUUCCUUUUGUUCCUGAGCUUUAUUUUCAUGCCCCUGAUUGCCGUGAAACUUCGCGCAUAUCUAGACCACGGUGCUUUUGAUUGGGAUUCGUCUUCCAACAUAAGCAUCGCUCAACCGGAAGUUUUCCACAGCCUUCGGAGCCAGAUCUCAAAACUGGACAUUCAGAUGUCAUCCUUGUCAAAUGAGAUCAGUUCUGUUCGAUCAGAACAGCCAUUUUCCAAUAUUCAUGAUUCGACGCCCACAGAUGCAAGCCUUCAUCGGAAACCGGUCUACAAAGUCAAUUUCCUUUCGGUGGCGUUGGGGGCAAUUAUUGACCCAGCGAAAACCUCGCCGACUUUAGGUCCCAAACACGGCGCUACUUUCCGAGCACUCCUCUGGGCAAGUUCGUUUGCAACCAGGCGCUCCAUUCGAGCACCGCAAUCUCCCAUUUCUGCCCUCAGCACGUGGGAAGAGGUCGGAGACUGUUGGUGCAGUGCUCCUCGCAAUGGAACGACCCAGCUAUCUGUACUUCUAGGCCGGGACAUUGUGGCAGAAGAGUUGGUAGUCGAGCACAUUCCCGUGGGCGCCUCUCUGGAACCAGAGGCAGCACCUCGAACAAUCGAGCUGUGGGCUCGCUUCAAAGUGAACCCCCACAAAGCACCAGUCAAAGCCAGACCAACACCUGAGGCUAGACCUAGCCGUGGUUUCCUGAAACUCUUCGGUGAUGCCACGGUGUCACAAGCGCCACCGUCAACCCAGGCACCUUCCUCCCGCGAAACAGGACUUGGAGGAUUCCUUAUUCCUGGAAUCGGCUCACUUCAUGGGUUGGUGAUGGAUCUAUUGCGUCGAAGCAACCCCUUCGAGCCUCCAAGCGCUUACUCAGACGACCCAGUUCUCGGCCCCAACUUCUACCGCAUCGGGAAGGUCGAAUAUGACCUCCACAGCCCAGACUACGUGCAGACAUUCAAGCUCAACACCAUAGUCGACGUCUCAACAAUCCGUGUCGACAAGGUUGUUUUCCGAGUUACUUCAAAUUGGGGUGCCAAGCACACCUGCAUCUACCGAUUCAAGUUACACGGGCAUCUCUAG